UGCGCAUGCGUGAAAUCACGUCAAGACGCUCCGGUCCAGCAGGUGGCGCUACAACUAGGUAGCCUCAUUCGUCCUGCUACAUGUGACAUUGACAUCAACAAAGGCACCAUGAGGCUGACCGCUCUCCUCUCGAUGGCAGCCCGGGUUGUAGCGCCUAAAGAUUACCGUUACGGCACCAACAGGCCCUGGACGGAGGCUGCUAAGAGGAUGAAUCCUCCGGGAAGGAGGAGGAAGAAGGUGUUUGUAGAGCCGAUAGAGGCAGAGGACUGGGCCAUACUGAAGGGGGACAUGGUUGAGAUUCUUGCUGGUAAAGAUAAAGGGAAGCAGGGAAAGGUGAUCCAAGUCUUUAGACGCAGAAACUGGGUCAUCUUGGAAGGACUGAACACGCAUUUCAGGUAUGUGGGGAAAGUGAACGAUUACCGUGGGACCUACGUUGCCAGCGAGGCUCCUUUGCUGCUCCGUGAUGUCGGCCUCGUUGACCCCUCAGACAGGAAGCCCACUCAGAUUGAGUGGAAGUUCACAGAAGAAGGCGAGAGGGUGAGAGUGUCCAGCAGGACGGGACGAAUCAUCCCCAAACCUGUGGUGGAGCGACGAGACGGCAUCGUGCCUCUGCAGUGGAAAGACGGGUCCAAAGACACCAGUCCUGAAGACGCGCUUGAAAAAACGUACGUUCCAUCUCUGAAAACCCUGGAAGAGGAGGUCAUGGAGAAACUGGGUAUUCAGGAGCACAGGAGGCACCAGAAGUCCUACUGGUACUGAAGAUAAGACUGGUUCCUCCUGGUUCUGUCCGGUUCUUAUAGCCGUGCUGACCAUAGCGUCCUCUGGACUGUGUAAAGACAACAAAAGGAGCCCAAACGAACUUACAAACACUGUUUCAGCAUUUUGUGGGCCUCAUUUAUAUGCAACUUAUGUUCCUGAGGUAUUCUGGGGCUUCUUUCUUUUUUUAGAAUAUUGUGAAUAAAUGUCUGGCCUGUGUUUUAUCGUUUUGCAGGAAACAAUGUAAUAAAUGGCGAAGUGCUAAAUCCAAGGUUGUGAAUAAGUACUGGCCUGCGGUUUCACACCUCCACAAAAUAAAAAGAGUUUUUCAAGCUUA